GGUUGCAGCAGCAGGCUAGCAUACGCCUUUGCAUAGCUUCGAGGAGGUGAAAGCGUUCGCGACGGGGGGAGAAGAGAUGGGGGUGUGCGUAUGAAAAGCGGAGGAAGCGAAGAAAGUGUUACAGCUCUGUGAUCUGUGCGUGCACUGCCGCCACUGUGGUGAGCGCGCGAGGCUGGAGAUCGUUGCGAAAGUGACCUGAGCAGACUUGGAGGCAGAACGCGAGGGAAAGCGAGUCCGCCUGUGCAACCCGACCCUUUUCAAGCUGCCCAGGGCACCAGAGAGACAAGAGAUGGGGACUCAGCGCAUCGGAAGGGGGUGAAAACAGGGGAGGGGAGGGGAGGGGAGGGGUGGGCGAAGAGUGCGCCGGGGUGGGAGGCAACACAUGCCGAGCACAAUCAGGGAUGGGACCCACGUCUGCAGCUGCACCUGGACCUGCUGCUCGUCAGGAAGAAACAACAAGCAAGAAAAGAAGAAAUUGAGAGAAGAGGGGCGAGGGGUGAACUCGCCAGCAUCAGUCUAAUUUAUAUACUCCUCCAGAGAAGUCCCUUCUUCGCCAGCGAGGGAUUAAUAGAAAAGCCUAGACGCAGACGUUCGGGCAAUUGCACAAAGAUCCGGAAAGAAGUCUAGAAAUUAAAAAAGAAACAGAAACACGCACGCAGGGCUUGCUGGAUUUUGCACAGAGCGGCCAUCUCAGCUGGAAGCAAUUCUUUGGAUUUUUUUUAAUGCAUCUAUGGAGUUACUUUAUAUCUACUCCUGAAAGGAGGGUAUCAUCUUCGGAUCCUGCGAAGGGGGUAGUUCUCCCCCUCCGCAAUGGUACCGGAUUAAUCUUUGCAAAGGGAGAUUCCAUAAGCGGUUCCAUUUCUGGAGCAUCUCUCUCUACACCUCUCUUGUAACCCGACGGACAUUCUCAACUCUUGGAGGACGCUCUUUCCCAGCCAAGAUGGAAGAGAAACGACGAAAAUACUCGAUCAGCAGUGAUAACUCAGACACCACUGACAGUCAAACAACAUCAACUUCAAGAUGCUCCAAAAUUCCAAAUACAAAAUCUGGUUGGUCAAGGCAAAAGGAGAAGAAACCCUCAGAGGUUUUUCGUACCGACUUGAUAACAGCAAUGAAGAUCCCAGAUUCUUUCCAGCUGAGCCCGGAUGAAUACUAUAUCCUUGCUGAUCCCUGGAGGCAAGAGUGGGAGAAAGGUGUUCAGGUGCCAGCAAAUACAGAAACAAUCCCAGAGCCAGUGGUUAGGAUAAUUCCUCUGCUAGACCAUUCUUCAUCACAGACCUUUCCAAGGAACCUGUCCAGCUCUGACAGUUCAGAUGCCACUAGAACAUACUCCCAGAGAGUAAGUCGCUAUGAUCUGGAUGAAAUUGAUGCUUGCUGGUUGGAACUUUUCAACAUGGAGCUCAAAGAAAUGGAAAAGCCAGAAAUGGAUGAAAUCACCUUGGAAAGAGUGCUUGAGGAACUGGAGACUCUGUGCUAUGAGAAUAUGAACAUUGCCAUUGAGACAGAAGAAGGCCUUGGCAUAGAGUAUGAUGAGGAUGUGGUAUGUGAUGUAUGUCGUUCACCAGAAGGAGAAGAUGGCAAUGAGAUGGUUUUUUGUGACAAAUGCAAUGUCUGUGUGCAUCAGGCUUGCUAUGGAAUCCUAAAAGUUCCCACUGGAAACUGGCUUUGUCGGACUUGUGCCCUGGGAGUUCAGCCAAAGUGUUUACUCUGCCCAAAGAGAGGGGGAGCCCUGAAACCUACCCGGAGUGGAACAAAAUGGGUUCAUGUUAGCUGUGCCUUAUGGAUCCCUGAAGUUAGCAUUGGAUGCCCUGAAAAAAUGGAACCAAUUACAAAAAUUUCACAUAUCCCAGCAAGCAGAUGGGCUCUGUCAUGCAGUCUUUGCAAGGAAUGUACUGGAACAUGUAUUCAAUGUUCCAUGCCUUCCUGCAUCACAGCCUUCCAUGUAACGUGUGCCUUUGAGCACAAUUUGGACAUGCGGACACUGUUAGCGGAGAAUGAUGAAGUAAAGUUCAAGUCAUUCUGUCUUGAGCAUAGCACUGGUGCCACCAAGCCACCAGAUGAAGCACGCACGGAUGCAGAUCAAGGUAAACUAGACAUGGAAAAGGUAACACUGAGAAAACAGAAACUCCAGCAGUUGGAAGAGGACUUCUAUGAUCUUGUGAAACCUUCUGAAGUGGCUGAGAACCUUGAUUUGACUGAGUGGCUAGUUGAUUUUGUCUAUCAGUACUGGAAGAUGAAAAGAAAAGCCAAUUAUAACAAGCCACUGCUAAUGCCCAAGACAGAUGAAGUGGAUAAUUUGGCUCAGCAAGAGCAGGAUGUGCUGUACCGACGCUUGAAGCUCUUCACACACCUUAGACAGGAUCUUGAAAGGGUUAGAAAUCUUUGUUACAUGGUGACAAAACGAGAGAAAAUGAAGCACUCCAUUUGCAAACUCCAGGAACAGAUUUUCCAUCUCCAGAUGAAACUUAUCGAGAAGGAUCUUUAUGCAGAGCAAACUGGGAAGAGAACAAAAGGAAGAAGAAGUGACCCCAAAAGAAAAGGAAGAGAUGAUAGGAAAAGCAGUCCUGAGAAGAAAGAAAAGAGAAAAUCGGGGAAUGAGUUAGUACUUGGACAGUUGGGUUUGUCAACUUCCUUUCCCAUUGCCGGGACCUUUUUCAACAGCUGGUUGGCUCAAUCUGUACAGAUUACCACAGAGAACAUGGCAAUGAGUGAGUGGUCCCUGAAUAAUGGCCAUCAUGAAAGCACUACCCCAGGCCUUUCUGAGGAACUUUUACAAGACGAAGAGACCUUAUUAAGUUUCAUGAUGGAUCAUUCCUUGAAGUCCCCAUUGAAACAGAGUGACACAACUAAGAAAACUAAGAGUAAAAUUCGAACACACACUAAGAAAAAACCAGCAAGAAAUGGCUUAAAUGCCCUCUUUAAAAGACAUCAAGAAGAGGAUUCAAAUAAGUGGACUAACAGCAGUUAUUUGGCAGAUAAUACUAUGAAAUCUUUAUCCCAUGAUUUAAGAAAUGGCAAGGCAGAGAAAAGCAUGGACAAACUUCAGUCAGAACGCAAAGGGAUAUGUGAAGUGAAAAAGAUAUCUAAGAAGGGUUCUUCUCAUCCUCCACUUCCUCUUCCAAAAGCAGAUGAUUCUCAAGCAUCCCAGAGUCUCAUAAAUAACCUAAGCAAUGAUGAGGAUAUAAUGAAAUACACCCCAUCUGAUCCUAACUCUCUGGUUCAAGUGCCUGAUUCAGUCGGUAGUCUGAAAACAGUGGUGAGGUUCAGAUUACCAAAAGAAGGCAAAGGGACUCACAGACCACAGAACAAGACGCCUGAGAUGCUUCAUGGACCUCCAGAAAAUGAAAGAUCAAAGGUUAUCUUACAUCCUUUUGACAAUGAGACUGAUGGCUACUUUUCAGAUGCAGAAAUGAGUGACUCUGACACAGAAUCUGGAAGUGGCAGAGGGCGCCAUAGCCAGUUAGAUUCAGGAAAUGAAGAUAAUUUCAGAAUGAGUAUUUUAGCAUCUUAAUGCACCUCUAAGACCAGUCAUGACAGCUUUGUGAGGCCUAAAUCCAGUUACAACUGCCAUGUCCAAUUUCACCUGGUAUCAUAACAAAGGUUUUUGGUUUGUUACUUUGUUUUUAAUUUGUAUAUAUAAUUCAGAAAUGAGCACUGUUGUUGCCUCUCUCUAUAUGCUUGAGAAACAGCUCCAAGCUUCACCAAUUUAGACUUCUAUACAGUCACAGUAGUUAACCCUUGUUACAUGUAUAUCCUGGUUACAUAGAAUGCAAGCAUACACAUUAUUAGGGACAUCAGUUUUCUGGGAGCAAGCAGGACAUCCCAGGUUUUUAAUGAGGAGGUCUGAGAUUGCCAGUGUCUGUUGUUCAUGCAGGGAUGACAGUUUUAUGGGCAUUACUUAAGCAAAUUGAUUUCAUGAUCUGCCAGAUGUUACUGCCUCUUUUAGGGCAGAUUUCAGAAGGGGAAUACUACUAUGGAAGCCAACUAUAUCCAUAGAACAUAAUGGAAAAGUAAAAAUAGAUGUUCAUAUGUAUGUGUGUGCGUGCACCUGCACAUGCAUGUACACAU